AAUUUAAUUUUUGUUGAAAAUUUGUCACCACCAUAUAUGUUUAUACUUUGUGGGGAUAAGAUAGAAUUUUCAAUUCUGUUUAUAUAUAUAUAUAUAUAUAUCGUUAUAGUCGUCGCCUGUCGUUAUUGAAUCACAUGAGUGCAUAGAGAUUUAUUCUUACACAUUUCAUAUUUCUUUAUAUUUUUUUUCUUUAGGGUUUUCUCUUUUUGAGCAUUUGCUUUUUUUUUCGGCGUUUCUUUUUUAUUUCAACGUUUCCUUUUCGACCAAAUCUGUUUUUUUCCUACUCUGUUAAAAAGUUCAAAGCAAUAAUGAAGACAAAUCCUAACAAUGGUUGUAUUGGACUCAAACCAUCCAAUUAGACAAUGCUGUAUCUAUUAAUUAAUCUCACAAAAAAUAAAUAAAUAAAACGAAAGUCGCAAGUUGGUGGCCUCCGAAACCCAAAAUAAGAAAAUAAGAGCCGCCUACCAGCUAAUCCGAUAUAUGUACACUCUGCCAACUUCAAGAAAUGGGAAAUACAAUGUCGACGGAAACUCCUCCACCAAAUCCGAUUACCGAUCCUUACAAGCACCUUCGUAUCAUCCCCGCCCCCGAUGGCACCAUUACUCGCUUGCCGGAAAUUCCAAUUCCAAACAUCUUAUCUGCAUCUGAUUCACACCCAAUACCUAUUCUCACCAAAGACCUCACCAUCAACCAAUCAAAUGAAACAUGGGCUCGUAUAUUCCUACCCAAGCAAACACAGGAUCAUUCCUUCCACACCAAACUUCCUCUCAUAGUUUGGUUCCAUGGAGGAGGGUUCAUCCUCUUCAGUGCAGCUUCAACCUUUGCUCAAGAUUUCUGUGCAACUAUGGCUAUUCAACUGUCUGCUGUUGUUGUCUCUAUUGAGUACCGCCUCGCACCUGAGCACCGCCUCCCUGCAGCCUACGAGGAUGCUGUGGAGGCGGUGCGCUGGAUUAAAACCACUCCAGAUGAGUGGUUAAGAGACUCUGCUGAUCUCAACAACUGUUUUCUUAUGGGGGGUAGUGCCGGCGCUAAUAUAGCUUACCAUGCUGGACUAAAACUGGCGGCGACAAUCGAUGAUCAUGAUCUACAUCCUUUAGAGAUCAAAGGGUUGAUAUUGCAUCAACCUUUCUUCGGUGGGUCUAAAAGGACUGAAUCGGAGUUGAGAUUGGCUACUGAUCUCAUUUUACCACUUUGUUGUACUGACCUGAUGUGGAACUUGGCUUUGCCAAUUGGUGCUGACCGGGAUCAUGAGUAUUGCAAUCCAACGGUAAAGGGUGGUUCAAAUGCGCUGACGAAGAUGAAGGAGUUAGGGUGGAAAAUAUUGGUAGAUUGGGGUAGAAAAGACCCACUGAUGGACCGUCAAGGCGAGUUUGUGAAGAUGCUGCAAGAGAAGGGUUUACAAGUGGAAAGCCAAUUUUUGGAUGGACAUUGUCAUGUAAUAGAGUUUGUUGAUCCCUCCAAAUUCGAGGCCCUGUACACUGUUUACAGAAAUUUCCUAUCUUCUUCACUUCUUGGUUGCUGAUGCGGUGCCGUUUCCUCGCUCGAAGAAAUUUAUGUUAUUUUCUUCCUGCUCGUAAGAAGGUUCGGCCUUAAUGAUUACGCAGCCCACCAAAGCAGGGCCCUGGCUAUUGGCUUCAAAUAAAUUGGGGGACCCUGCAAAGACUGGUCACGCUCGAGAACUAAUGAAUUUUUAUUUUUUUAUUGAUAAUAUUAAAAUUGUCUCUUGCGGGUGUGAAUUAAAAUUUCUAUUAUAAGCCUAAUAACCUCAGGAAAAGAAAAAGACAAAAAAUAUAUAU